AUGGAUAUUCGCUACAACUUCCUGAAUACACUGGACCAUUUCCCUUGCGAGCUGAUUCGCACUCUGUGGAUUUUGCAAUCCUUGGAUUUACAAAGAGACUCGAUAGAAAAAUAUGAGUGGUCAAAUGCACAGAUGAUGUCGCAGAGCCAGCUGCUGUGCGAUCUCGUGAACGAAAGAAUUCACGCUCUCACUUCCCAUAGACAAGAAUUGCUUUUGCUGAUGUCAAUCAGGAAAAAGUAUGAAGCGAUGAUGGAGAAAAAUGAUCGAGCCCUACCUAAGCUGACAAUAAAGCUAAACUUAAAACAGCAAACAACACGAGAUGGAGAUGAAAAAGUGUCGUCAAAUGUAAAAGUACGAAACAACGAUACCGAUGAAAAUGCAAAGACAUACUGUAUAUGCCACAAAGUCUCAUAUGGAGCAAUGAUUGCUUGCGAUAAUCCGAAGUGUCCCAUAGAAUGGUUUCAUUAUGGUUGUGUUGGGAUUUCAAAACCACCGCAAGGCGAAUGGUUCUGUAGUGAAUCAUGCAAGAAGCAAGUGCAAACAAAGAAAAGAAGAAAUAAUAAAAAAGGGAAAAGGAGAAGAUUAAAUUAA